AUGGACAAACCAGUUACAGUAAGACCUACGGAAAGCAGCUAUAAAAGGGAUUCGGGGAAAGGAUCUCCCGAAGAUUGGGUAUCUGUAGUUAAACCAGGUCGAAUACUUUAUGAAAUGGGCGGAGUUUCAGAAAUUGUAGCCAGAAAGGCGAUUUCAAUAGCGGCGCCCAAAAUGCCUAUACGAACUCAAUUCAUUAUUGCGGGAUAG